CUAGCCGUCGGCGCCGUCGGCCAUCGCCUAGCUUCUAGGUCCCAACUUCCGCGCCGUGCAGCGCUACGCAGCGCCAGCCCCGGCCGCAGGCUGCAAUAGGCUGCCAUAGGCACAGGGGUAGCGCUCGCGUCGCAAGUUCUGCGGGGAGAGGACGCCCCGCCUAGAACUGCCAGACGGCGGCAGGCCUACAAGCACUCGCCGCUAACCGGGCAGGGCACUUCGGGACAGCUCAGCACUCACCGCACGCCAGCGUCAGCGGCUCUCCUCGGAAGUUCCUCCUUUUGACGUGGUAUUCCUGCUCUUGUGAUCGUCGCACCCUCUCAUCGUCAUGGAGUCAUCAAGCAACGCCCAGAGGAGAUCUGGGGACGAACCAAAGACCUCUCUGAGUGAUGAACCUCGAGGGAAAGACUUUGAAGAGAAAUUAGCAAGACUUCAAAGAAAAUAUUCACCGUUCUUAAAUACAACUAUAGCUAAGCUAGAAUCAAGCAAGGAUAAAGUAAGAGCCUCUCAGCUACAUAAAAUGAAGAAUCUCCAGCAAAUUUUGACAUCCAAUACACAAAAGUUAAAAGUUGAUAUGUUGGAUAGAUGUGAAGAAGUAUUAAAGAAAUUGGUGGAAAAAUUAAAGUACCCCAUAGGUACAGAUAAUUCAGCACCCACAGCAAAGCUCAAGACUGAAGUCAUGGAAUCUCCUGCUAGCCCCCCUCAACACGAUUUCAUUCCUUCAAAAUCUGCUCCGAAGAUCAUCCCUGUAGAGAGAUGUGCCACUGUGGAGAGGGACUUCUCCAAGGCUGAUGAAGGAACGUCUUUAGAGACAAGUCGUAGUCGUCUGAAAGAUCUCAUGCAGAAAAAUGAUCCAAAGCCACUGAACUCGAUGCCUUCAGCUCCGCAUAUCCCAGGGCUUGACAUGCUUUUUCCCAACAGUGAGGCAUUCAAUCGUACUUCUCAAGAUGCGAAUGUGAAAGGUUUUCUUGAAGCUGAUAUGAGGAAUCAAAGUUCAUGUGCACCUCAACUUCAACGUUCAAGAGAAGAGUGGUGUCGUGAAAAUGUCUUUCAGACCAGAGACUUUGAUGAUCGGAGGUUGGGCAGAGACAUAGAUUAUAGGCAUUCAAGGAGAGAUGUGGAUGAUAGGCAUUUAUCUCAAAGAAGCUCAGGUUCUGAGCUACAUGGAAUGCAAGCACAGUCUAUGUUUCCUAUGGCUGUGAGCCAACCAGUUUCUCAAAGGCCUUCUCUACUGCCUCGCCAUGUACCUACGCACAACAUGGGGUACUUGCAAAGCUCUGGCUCAAUGCAAGAAUUUCGCAGUCCGUCAGACAAUAUGUAUCGAGAAACAACGGUACCUCAUCAAGCUGUUUCCAAACUGUAUCCAAGUAAUCAACCUGUACUCCCCGUUCCUCCUCCUCCUCCUGCCCUGAUGGAUCGUCCCAUCAGUCAUCCCCAGUACUCUGGUUCUCAGAGGGAUUAUGGCCCAGGUAAUGCUCCCCUUCUGCCUACUCCGAAACAAUUUCCUAACUCCAAAGGUCAUGCGGAAGAACUUGAUAGGAGAAGUUCCAUGCAUCCCAGACCCCUCGUCCAGCCCAGUCCUCAAGUAGGAAGCAACAAACAGAGUGCAAGAGAAAGAAUAAUGCAAGGAAUGGAUCAAGUUGAGAAAUUGGGUGUCAGUAGAAGUGGUGCUUUGCGCAAAUUAAAAUCUGAUGUGCAAAAAGAUCCAAGGUUAGAGAAAGAGCAUCAGCGAAUGGAUGUGCAGAAAGAUCCAAGACUAGAAAAAGAGCAUCAGCGAAUGGAUGUGCUGAAAGAUCCAAGGCUAGAAAAGGAAUAUCAGCGAAUGUCUCUUGAUGAGGAAGCUCUUAAAUUAAGAGCAACUGCUUCUGGAUUUAGUGCACCUGGAACACCUAUUCUACCUCACAAUAUCUCUGGAUUUAGUAGUCAAGUUUCUUUUGGAUCCAGUGUUUUUCAGGGUCAACAUGUUCAGUGGCAAACAACAACAACUACUGUUAAACAGACUACUGCUCAUGAUCUUGGCCUCCGUUACCAACCAAGGUCUCGGUAUGGAAAGCCUACACACAACCCACAAUUUGAAAGGGGGUUGCCUUCGAAUGCGGCAAAGCAAAGUGAUGAUCGAAAUUCAGGGCAGAGAGAAAUUGAAAACCCAAGAAGGGAUAAUGAACUUUCUCAUACCUCAGGGAAGAGGCUCUCAGACCCUAGAUUAUCUUCAAAAGCUGUCGAUGAAAGAAAAAGUUCUGAUGCAAGGAAUGUUGACCCCAGAAGAAAAGAGGAUCCAAGAUCACCUCUAGAUAGUUUGUAUAACACACAGAAAUGUAGUAAAACAGGCCAGGGAUAUGGCUUACAAAGUUACAAAAUUCCUAAACGUGCUAAAGAACCAAGUCCUCCCAAAGACUGUAAGCAGGUGUCAAAGCCAGUUGCAACUGGUCCCUGCCUACCAGCCAACAGAGACCCUCGCUUAUCUAAAACUGCGACUGUGCCACCUAGUCCUGACUCAGUCGCUGGAGCAGGAACUGAGUUUGCUUCAAGUUCCAGCCCUCUAUACCCAGAGUCUUUCAAAUCUGUUGAGGACACUCAAGGUGUGGUGAAAGAUACAAAUGAGAACUCAUCUCAAGUAAUUUCAACCAAUGUGCAAAGAACUAGGUCGCCUUCUCCUUCUCUUGAAAAAUCUGAUAAUAAUAAAGUUAGGGACAGGGAUGUGAGUCCAUCUCUGGGAAGGAGUGAAUCUAUUAUCAGCUCACAGUCAACGAAUCAGCGCCAAAGUGGAGUGUCCUCAGAGAGACGAAGUCGGUCUCCAUCUGUCAGUGGCAGUGUUUCGGGAUCUCGAGCUAGAUCAAGAGAAAGGAGUCCUGAUUACAGAAGGAAAUCAAAAGGAGCAAGCCCUUCUAGAUCAAGAGCUAAAUCUAGAGGCAGGAGCAAAUCUAUAUCCCCAGCUCAGUCUAGUUCAAGAGUUAAAGGUAGAGAAAGAAGCCGCUCUAGCUCCAGAGGGAAGUCUAGUAGAAGAGCUAGAGGGAGAUCUAGGGGCAGAAGCCCUUCACCAUCAGAUUCAAAGUUUACUGCCCGAAGCCCCUCCAGAUCAAGGGCCAGAUCAAGGGUACGGAGCCUAUCUCGAGGGAGGAGCUCGUCUAGAGGAAGGAGUUCAUCAAGGACCAGAGGGAAAUCUCAUGCCAGAAGUCCGUCCAGAUCAAGGGGAAAGUCAAGAGGGAGGAGCCCAUCUUGGUCGAGAGGCAAGUCACGAGGAAGGUCAAGAUCAAGAGGGCGCUCAAGAGGAAGGAGCGUUUCUAGAUCCAGAGGCAGGUCUAGGGGAAGGAGCCCAUCUAGAUCAAGAGGUCGAUCCAGAGGAAGGAACCGAUCAAGAUCAAGAGGUCGAUCCAGAGGAAGGAGCACAUCUAGGUCAAGAGGUCGAUCCAGAGGAAGGAGUACAUCUAGGUCAAGAGGCAGAUCCAGGGGAAGGAGUACAUCUAGGUCAAGAGGCAGGUCUAGAGGAAGAAGCUCAUCUAGGUCAAGAGGCUGGUCCAGAGGAAGGAGUACAUCUAGAACAAGAGGCAGGACCCGAUCAAGGGACAGAAGUAUUUCCAGAUCUCGUUCCAAACAAACUGCUAGGAGCAGAAACUCAUCUCGUGGUAGAGAUAAGUCAGCCAGUAGCAGUAGGUACAAGUCAAGAGCCCGUAGCCAUUCAUCGGACUCUGAUAUUAAUUCAUCAUCUGGUGGUUGGAAGAGGAAGGAGAGUCCAUCACCCGACAGGACAGACUCUACAAAAAGAGGGAAUACAAAGAAAAAUAGGAAUAGGAGUACUUCCUCAGGUAGCAGUUUUUCAAGGGAUUCCUCUCACCAACAUCGGGCGGGCAGGGACAGACCUCGAGCCAGAUCACGGGACCGUUCUCCCACUCGAUGUGAAUCAAAAAGAAGCUUGUCAAGAGAGAGUAUUCAAAAUGUCAGAAAAAACACUUCUUCCAGGUCCUCAUCGUGUUCUGGUAGAAGUUCUCCUUUGUUUCCAAGGGACCAUUCAAAAUCAAGAUCACCAUCACCCAAGACAAACUUUGACUCCUUGUUCCAAAAUCCAUCUUCUGAAGCUGCAAGCUCAAUAUGCUCAGGCAUGCUUAAAACAGAUCAAACUGAAGAUAAAGUUAAGAAGGAUGCUGUUGUUAGCUCUUCUUUGAACUCAUGUAGAGACGUUGUUGUUGAUGUCCCAACAUCGACAUCUGAAAACAUUCCAGAAGUUCCCAUUAAAUCAGAUGUGGGAAGUUCAAGUGAAGCUGCUCCUGGAAGCAUUACAACAUCUCGAACCUCGACCGAUUCUAAACCAGAGACAGGAGGCGCACUUGCUGACAGUGGAAAUAUUCUCCUUGGAAUAAUUAAAACAUUAGCAAGCAAAGAUCUCAUUCAGUCAAACACUAUUUUGGAGAUAGCAGAAUUGGCUGCAAGUCAACUACCUGAAGACACGCGUAACAAAGUGCUAGAACUUUUUAAAGAAAAUAUUGAUAAGCCUCCAGAAGAACCCAAAUCAAAAGCUACUGAAACUGUUGAGGAGCAGAAAAAAGUAGACAUUCCUGAACCUAGUGUAAGCAGCAAUAUAAAAGAAGAACCCAGUGUAAGCAGCAAUGUUAAAGGAGGAAAAAAGAAAAAAGAACCAAAAAUUAAAAAGCAAGAAAUAUCACCAGAAGGAUGUGAAAAAAAGAAGAAAAGAGGGAAAAACGAAUUGGAAAAGCUCCAUGAAGAUAUUCGGGAAAUGUUUAUUAGUAAGGAAGUAGUUACAGCCACUGGUCAAAGAAGUUGCCGCGUGCGGAAAGAAAAUAAGGAAUUAAUGCAGGCUCCCAAGAGUCGUCCUGGAUCUGCAGAUGAGAAAAAUAGACACUCGACUGGGAAAUCAGGAACAGAUGAUGUUGGAGAUUUUUCAGAUGACAGUCCUUGCAAAAGUCAAGUUUCAGACUCAUCUGAUGUAACCUCAGAUUAUCAGCCUCCCGAAAACACUCGCAAAGUUAGGUACUCUAGUGAAAGCGAAGAUGAAAUGCCAGCUUUAAAAUUACGCAAAGCAACAAAUGAUUCUCAGGAACCAAUUUGUAUCAAGAAAAAGAAGACAAAUUUUCUUGAUUCCGAGUCUGAGUCUGACACUGUUGUUGGUGAAGAAGGUUUCAAGUUUUCGUUGCCUGUGGUCAUGCUAGAUAAAUCCUGUCCCACUAACCUUGAAAAGAUUUAUAGGAAAAAUGUUGCGAGAAGGGGCAGGAAAGUUGGCUCUAUGUCAAGAGACCAAGUAAUGCCUAGAGAAGAUAUAAGCACUCCAUUGUUAAGUGAGAAUUUUGGUGAGGAUGAAGAAUUGAAGGUGGAAGACAAAGAUAUGUCUCAAAUUGACACUAGUAAUAUAAUUCAGGUUGAAGUUGGUAAAAGUAAACUAACAAGAAAUCAAUUAAAGCUCCUGAAAGGACCAGAGAUGAAAGAUGAAAUAAAAUCUGUUUCCAAGAGACCAUUAAGAUCCACUAAAGAAAUUUCUGAAUAUGAUAGUGAUGCGUCUAAAGGUUCAGAAACCAACCUCACAAAGGAUGAUGCAGGUAGCCAUUCUGCUUACGAGACCUCACCAUCACCAGUUAGAAAGAAGAGAAAAAUUAAAAAAGCUUCAAGUAACAUAUCAUGUAUAUCUCAAGAAAUCAAGAUAGAUGAUUCUGACUCCAUAAUGUCUGGUGAUAUAAGCAAAUCUGCUGCUUCUGGUCAUUGUCAGGAGAGUGAAGAAAUUAAACAUGCGUCUGUUAGUAGUGAAGACCAACACACCUCUUCAAACAGUGAUGUGGAGAUGCAUGAGAUGCCAUUGAUUUCUCGACUACAGAAUGUAUCAUCUGAAGAGAAAGAGCAGCUUGUGUCAAAUCCUGAGUACCAUGAAGAUCUAAAUUAUUGUAUCCCAACAGCAAGUGAGAAAGUGCGGUCUUGCAAGAUUUGCCAGUAUUCUGGAAAGAUUAUAGUGAGCCACUAUGUAUCUUCCCAUCCAUCUGAAGAAGUUUUAGCAUCUCGCCUUCCCCAGAAUAUUGCAACUCUCUUGAAAGGUGAAGCUCAUAAGUAUCAACAGGAAUUAAAACAUCUAAUUCCUCUGUAUUAUUCAAAAAAGAAAAUAUCUUGUCCCUUACAAUGUUUGCUUUGCAAUGCUGUUGCUCCCACCUCCUUACGUUUAUGGGAGCAUGUAUCGACUCAUACUGGAGAAUAUCGUUACUCCUGUACACAGUGUAGCUUCAGAACAGCCACAAGAAUGUCAAUGAAGAGCCAUAGGAAGGCUCGUCAUAAUGGGAGACCUCUUAAAGAAAUGUGCACCGUCUCUAGCAUGGAAACAAGUACAGCUAUGGUAAUUGUGUUUGCAUAUGUCUGUUCUGAGUGCAACUUCUUCCAGCUACUUGAAUCAAAUUUAUCAAAGCACUUAAAGCGAUACCACUCACAGAAUUUGAGUGCUCGAUCCAUUCGCAUUAGUGUUUCCAAGAAAGUUAUGGUGAAGCCUGAGAUGCUAGUUUCUGAAGAGGGAAAUAAGGAAGCAUUAACAGUUGAAGAAAAAGAAGAAAAGGAGACCCAUCCCAGAGAGACGAUAUCUGAAAGGGAAAAUAGUAACAAUUAUGUUGAAGAAGUAAAUGUGAUGUCGAAGGAAGCAAGUGAAAACAAGAAGGACCCUCCCCUACUUGAAACCCUCCUAUCCAGCCCAACAAAGAAGCAACCUCCUACUGUUGAUAUGAGUAUAUUCAUAGGAUCUGAGCAACUUACUGAAGAUGAUAGUCAGUUGCAAGAAAAGAGGAAGAAGCUGUUGGAAGAUGUUGGUGAAAAACUGCGAGAUAGACCAAAGAUCCGCCAUUCAAUCUCUGAUAAGUUAAAUAACCGUUUAACUGAACAGUUACCCAACUCUGUUGAGCUUCCUCAUGUGGCAAGUGCAUCCAAGCCAGUGGAAAAUUCUGUUCCCUUCUCUCCUGGUGAUAAGUUGUCUGCUCAGUUUAAAGCUAGUCUCAAGACACCUCCUUCCAGAUCAUCUUUGAAGUCCUCUGAUAGUUCUGAAAAAAGGCUUACUAGGUCAACAUCUCGAACAACUAUCAGUGCUUCAGAUUCUGAGUGUGAGAUUAUACCAGCAGACACGGAGGUUCCUGAAGAAGUGAAGGCACCUUUACCUGCCAGUACGUUACACUAUACAUUACAGCGCAUGCAGGAAACCAUAGCAGAACCUCUCCCAGCACCAAAGCCAAGUACUUCGUUUGCACCAGUUACUUUAUGUGAAGAUUCCUCUACUUUGGAGUGCCCUUGGAACAAAGAAUCAAUUAAAGUUGGUCUUGUUGAGGCCAAAUAUGUAACAGAAACUAAGACAUUUCAGUUUUUCUGCUUGUCUAAUAAUUGUACAUAUAUGUCCAACCAAUCACUUACAUUUCUGCAGCACAUAAAGAUUCAUCCGAUGAAACCAGUGUCAGCCCCUUGCAGCCAUUGUGAGGAGAGUGGAAAUAUCCUGCGCAACUUGCAGUCCUCAGUUACUCAUAUUUUGAAGUACCAUUUGAAACCAUUGAACUCUGGUGACAAUUUGUUAACAUCUGAAGAACCACCACCUGCUGUACCUUUAGAGACAUCUGCAUUUUUGUCUCAGAAGCAAGUUCUGAUACGACCUCGUAAGCUGCCUGGUGAUACUUUGUCCCAUUCGGAUAAGAGACCCAUUAUGCAAGGUACUCAAAACUUGCAGCCUGAACAAGACCGUCCUAGUUUGCCAUCACUCAUUAUUUCCAGUGUUGUCAGCUUAUCAAAGGAUCACACUCCAGAUGGAACCCCUCUAGAAGAGCAGGUGAAAAUUCCUUCAACUUCUUCUCAUGAAACGAGAGGUGGAGAUUUGGGCAUUGUCAGACUCUCUUCAUCACCAAGUUCUAAAACUGUUUCUGAAAUAACAAAGGAUUUAUCAAGCAUGCGAGAAAUGAUGAGAUAUGAAAAGCUUUGUCAUCUAUUUAAGUGCAAGGGCAAGCAUUGUUCUUUCAGCACAAACUCAAAGGAGGUAUUUUCUGAUCACUAUCAUAAACACUCACUGAAAGAAUUGAAAAGAAGUGAUUAUACAGCUUCCAAAAUGCACGAAUGGCAGAAGUGUGUUUACUGUUCUUCCCUUAAAGAUUCUGGUACUGAUUUAGUUGAUCACAUAAUAUCAAGACAUGGCUCCCUGAAGUACCAGUGUUCAAGCUGCUUUUACAGGGCCACCUCUGCUGCAAGUGUGGCCUUCCAUCAGAAAUCUUUACACAACACCAAUGUAAUGGUGCUUGAAUGCAACAAAAUUCAAUGUGGUCAACAGGCUGCACCUGCUGACAUCGCACUGAACAAAUUGAAAUUAUACAAAUGUGUUCAAGUUCAAGGACAUAUUGACUGUGGAAAGAUAUUUGUGUCUUCAGAAAGCUUCAUAUCUCAUCAUGAAUCCGAACACAAUUCAGACAAAGUUUUCUUCUGUAGUGAAUGUGGCCUGGGUCUUGACAGUUCCAAUCGACUCAUAUAUCACUACAGUUCUUCGCAUUCAUACCGCAAGUACCAUUGCUUUCACUGCCCAAAAGCAUCAGAGACUCCCAGGGAAAUGAGUUUCCACAUGACUCUGGAUCAUCCUGAUCAAGAUAUGAUCGUUGCUGCACGGCACCUUCCUGGUACUGUCUCAUUGUCAAAUGGUUUCAAAAUUGGCGCGUUUGAUUUGGGAGAAGAGUUUUUGAUACCUUAUGUGCCGCCAUUUACCCCACUUGUAAUAGAGGCUGUUGAAACUGACACAAAUAAUGAUCCAGCUCAUUUUGAUGAAGAAUUUUCCUUGCCUUGUACAAGCUUUGAAAUCAAAUCAAAUGUGUCAUGGCCAGAAUAUAGAGUUUCACCGGAAUGUGACAACCCUGAUGCCAACAGUGUUGAAAAGAUCAAACCUGAUGAUGUAGUUGAAAUUAGGGAUGAACCUCCUGAUCAGGCCAAAAAAGGAACAGGAGUAGUUGGUCUUUCUGGAGCCUGUUUAUAUUUGUGUGGUUAUUCAGGAUGUUCAUUCAAAGCAGAAACAUCUCUUGCUCUCAAAGAUCAUUUAAGUGUGUGCCGUUUAUCAGUAGAUUCUGGAAAUUUAUCUUGUUUACACUGUCAAAAAAUAUUCAGAUAUCCAUCCAUGUUCUUGGAUCACUUGCCAAAGCAUGGUGUUCCCCGAUAUCUUUGUAGUAUGUGUGACUAUAAAACUACACAUCCAGCUAUUGUGAUGAGACACUGCAAGAAUGUGCAUAAAAUCUCAUCAGUAUCCCUGACUCCUGUCAAAUCUGACCAGAUGGAUGAUUCAAAUGGCACCCUUUAUACAGCUUGCCAAAAGGAGACAGCAACAAAGAAAGGCAAAGUCAAACUUUCACAACCUAUUGCCAACAAAACUUGUUUUGGUCCAAGCGAAAGACAUUUGCUUCCUUUCGCAGCUGUUUUCACCCAAAAUGUAAUGUGCGCACUUUGUCAAUAUUCUACUAAAGUGCGUAGCAAUAUGAUGAGACACCUGGAGCAACAUGCUUCAGGAUGUGAGCCCACUUCAGUCCCUGUAUUAAAUCCAGUGCCUUGUUUGGAGCGCAAUGAAAAAAUGUUUGACACAAUGACUAAUCAUGCCAUUAGUUCAACCAUUCCUGUGCGCCGUGAUAGUAAUGCAUUCAAGGUGAUAGACGAGCCUAAGUUUGUACCAGAAAAUCAAAGAUAUGUAUGUUGUGCCCCAUCAUGCCCUCAGAUAUCAUCCGAUGAUGCUAUGUUAAGGCAUCAUAUUCGGGUCUUGCAUCCUGAAAUUCUUGUUUACAAGUGUCCACAUUGUCCUGAUUCUGAUAGUGAUAGCAACAAACAACCUAUAAUGUUAGAGAAACUGGGUUCACAUCUGAAAAUGCAUGAUAGUCGACUCUACAGUUGCCUGGGUUGCAGUUACUAUCAUUACCACAGGUUCAUUGUUGAACGCCACACCAGUGAGAAGCAUCCUGAUCAGAAGUACAUCAGAAUAGCUAGGGAGCCUCAACCUGAUGGAUCUGUUAUCAACACAGACUCUGAAAUAGUGAGCGAUGGCACCUAUGAGUGUGGGCUCUGUUCUUUCAAGGGAACCAAGGCAGAAGUGACGGCACAUGUAUCUUCAGUCCAUCAUACAAACGCUUUGUACAAGUGCAGCCUUUGUAAUUUUAGGUCUAAUGCUCGAUCUCGAUUCAGUACUCAUUUCUCUAAACAACACCCUAAUGAUAAAGAGGACAUUAUUGAAGUGGUCCAAAAGUGCAAGAUGGAUAAGCCUUCAGAAGAUGCUCCACAGCCAGUGGUUGAGAUUCCUGCACCACCAGUUGAGCCGCCGGUGUUUAAUUCGAGUCCAUUGUGGCAGAGGGGCGGAUCACGAAUCAGGCAUUUGCGAGGAAUUUUAUUUGAGGAAAAUGGAAUUAAACCUAAAGAGUUUGAGCACGUCAGUGUGGAGAGAGAGACCCCUGUCAGCAUGAAACGAUCACUAAGCUCAACUAACAAUGAAGAGCGACAUAACAGCAAAAGAGAAAAAAAGAGUGAUCAUUUCUUUGAGUGUUCCAAAUGCUUGACUAAGAUACCUGUGGAGAAAGAGAAGGACUAUAGAGAGCAUCUUCGAUCUCACUUCCAAGGUGAUGACUCUAGGUUCAAGUGUGCUAAAUGUCUGAAGACCUUUGCAUUGUACGAUGAAAUUAUCACUCACAUUACUGUAGCUCACCAACUGCUAGCCACUUCAUCAGAUGUAAUUGACUCUCAUUCAGAAGAAAAUAUCAAGUUGGAUAUCACGCGUCAGAUUUUAAAUUUGGGUCUACCUGUUGAGUUUUUAGCAUCCAAAACUGCAUUUUCUCAGUGUCAAGAUCAACUUACUAUAUCUCCAAAACCAGCUGAAGUCAGCCCGAGGAGGGUAACAAGCCCCAGGAAACCACCAUCAAGUGGAAAUAGACAGAAUACUCAAGGCCCUGGUAAAGAAUCUUCUUUUGGAAAAUCUUCCAUUCCAUGUGACAACAUUUCUUCUCCAAGUGUGCACUCUGAUAAGAGUUCUCAGUCAUCACCAGUGAAAGGAAUCAAACCUUUAGACAAUAGGCCCUCUUUAAAACCCAUGCAAGCUGAUUUGCCUUUGACCCAAUCUGCAAAAUCAGAUGAGUCACCCACUGACCCAUCAACUGCUCCUGAUUUGCCUGUAUGUUCUCUUGAUAACAAGAUUGAUGCUAAUUGGAGUAAACCUCCUGAUGAAAUGGAAAUUGAUGAGAGUGCAUUUGAGAUGGACAUUGAGGAAGUUGAGGAUGAAGACAGUAAUGUGGUUGAAAUUGGCUCUAAAGACACAGAGAGCGCAUCAAUGCAGGGAGAAAGAUUGCAUUCAUCUGAAUUAAUGAAAGAUUUAAGCACUGGUGUGGAAUGCAAAUAUAAGGACAGCCACGGCUGCAACUUCAUCAGCAAAAACAAGCAAGAGGCAACGGCUCAUGAAAAAAAGCAUUGGGAGGUGAAACCAUAUAAGUGUGGUCAUUGCAGCUAUCAAGCUAUUAAGGAGUCUUACAUUAAGCUCCACAGUAGGAAAAAGCACCCUGCCUCAAGUGUGAUGAUAAUGUUGAAUGAGAUGCCAGAUGUUCCAAGCAUUAUACCACUUUCUCGCCAGCAAAGCAAACCAAGCUCAUCAUCUGCUGCAAGCCCAAUUACAUCCAAAAAUGUUUUGGGUGAUAACAAGAGUCAAGAUGAAGAUCGAAGAGUAGCCGAACUGAUGGAUGAUGAUGAACUAUUUAAAUUUAUGAAUGUACUACGCUGUGGAUACUGUAGGCUUCGAGAAAUAUCAUUAUGUCGGCUGUUUACCCACUGGCAAUCUUGUCAUAAGGGAAAUGAAGCACUGCGUGACACAACUCUCGAUGACCGUUGCGUUGUACCUUUUAAGUUUCGAGAGCUCAAGCUGGGAACUCAUGAAAAAGAGACGAUGGCAUUUCGUUGUGCUCUUUGCAAUAGAACUGGGACAAUAAGAUUGCUCAUUGAGCAUUACCCCACUCGACACCCAGGAGAAAAACUGAAGAUUUCUGGGCUCAUUCAUGAUCGCCUUCAGUGCUCGUUAUGCCCCCGACAAUUUAGCAGCAAGGCCGCUCUUACUAGCCACUUCGCCUCAUUACACCCAGGGGAAAAUGUUAGCUCCUUUAAAGUGAAAACUCAAGAAAACGAAUCUGUUGAUGCCACUAUGGAAUGCUUCUACUGUUCUGACCUGGUGAAGAUAUCUUCGGACUUGAAGGAACAUCAUUUGAAGUUUCAUUCUCACCUUCCUCCCAAAUUCAUAGAGAUCGAAUCCAGUGAAUCUCAAGGCCAGCUGCAACAAAAUGAGAAUUCAAACUCCAUGAACUCUCAGAGUGAGGGAAAUCUCCAUGAUAAAGUAGUGCUUCCCAGUAGGCCUUCUGUGAUUACAUGUUGCAAGUCUAUUUUAAAUGAAGAGAGACCAUCAGCCACUGAUGCCAAGACUGCUGAAACUAUUGUUGUACCUCAGAGUCCAGUGAAAAGAGCUGUGGCAAGGAAGUCAACCACCAAAGUUCGGGCUGUGGCCCGAAAAUCCACUGGUGGCAGAGUCCGUCUCAGCUUAGUUCAGUCUGAUUCAGAGAGCAGUUCGGAUGAAGAUUACUCAAGUGAUGAAGAGAGAUUGAUUGACAUAAAUAAAAUUACAUGCCCUGUAAUGUUUGAAGGAUCGAGGACCCGAGUCAGUGUAGCUACUUUAUCACAGCAUGCUAAUCUUUACCCAAGAGUCGUAUUGAAUCCGGUGUUGCCCCGUGUUGAAAGCAGAAGUGAGAGCUCAUAGUCUGGUGUCUGUUACUCUUGCAAAGGAAGAUGUAGGGGGACUGAACCUGGAACAAACUUCCAUUGUUUUAUGUUUGUUUUCUUUUCUGUUUUGUUUGAGACAACUUACCCCUGGUGAAGUUAGUCAGAUCUAUCUAUUUUUUUUACAAGUCUGCCAAAAAUCUGUGAUGCACCUUGGUUUCUAUUAAGGGUUAUUUGUUUUGUACUUAUGAAAGUGCAUUGUGUUUACUGUUAAAUCUUGAGUCCCUUGUCAAUGUUCAUUACAAGUCCCAUUAUCACACACUUUAAUUUAUUUUCAUAUUGUCAGUCUUGUGCUUUAUCACUCUUAAUUUAUUUGCCCUGUAAGAUAUUUUCAUUAAGUUUUCCUGUUCUAUUCAAAGAAAGGGGGGAGGGGGGGAUCUCAUCUUUAGCUUGUUUUAAUUUUGACUGGCAGAUCUAAGUUCCUCUUGUUGCUGGACUACUUUGACAGUACAAAAAUUUUCUAUCUACUUCUUGCUCAUAGUUCCUUUUGCCGUUAUUUUUGGGUGUGCUUUUUCUUUUUUUGUAUAUUUGUAAGUAUUAGUUAGUUACCAAUCAUUGAAAGAAAUGUAUUAAGAGGUUGUUCUUGUAGUCAAGUGCAUGUGAGCACUAGGAACUCAGUUAGUUCCUCCUGUGUUGAUCAGUGUUAAGUCUUAAAACUCAUGGAAUGAAAGAAUAAGUGUCCAUAAUUGCAUUGUUACAAAGUGAAGACUGGGUGUGCACAAUAAAUCUAUUUUGACAAUUCUCUCUCAAAUUGAAUCAAAA